AUGUGCGCGGUCUGUGCCGCGCAGGUGACGGCCGAGUCCCGCUGCAGGCUGGUGAGCUGGCUCAUCCCCGUGCACCGCCACUUCGCCCUGUCCUUCGAGGCGCUGUGCCUGGCCGUGAACACGCUGGACCGCUUCCUCAGCACCACCCCCGUGGCGGCCGACUGCUUCCAGCUGCUGGGAGUCACUGCCCUCCUCAUCGCCUGCAAGCAGGUGGAAGUGCACCCGCCCAGAGUGAAGCAGCUCCUCGCCCUUUGCUGCGACUCCUUCACCCGCCAGCAGCUCUGCAACCUGGAGUGCAUCAUCCUGCACAAGCUGCACUUCAACCUGGCCGCGCCGACUGUCAGCUUCUUCUUGGAGCAUUUCACCCAGGUGCGUAUGGAGGCUGGGGAAGCCCAUGCCGAGGAGGCCAGCAAUGCCAAGACCCUGGCCAGAGGUGUGGCUGAACUGAGCCUGGCAGACUAUGCUUUUAACAAGUAUGUGCCCUCCCUGCUGGCCGUUUGUACCCUAGGGCUGGCCGAUCAGAUGCUGCGCCACCAAAACCCGCUGGACCUAAAAAUAAGUGGCUACCCGCAGGGGGUUUUACAGGACUGCAUGGACAAACUGCUCUUACUGGUGUCUCUGAACGGAGAUUCUUUAUCCCAUGUGCUACCCCAGGAGUUUUCCCAGAGCUGCCUGGAGCUGGGAAGCUAGCUGGAGCAAUGCCCUUGGACAAUCCCUCAGGCCAUUUGAAGCAUCGGGAGAUUUUAAAUAAUAUUUCCUUUCCAUCAGUGUUUUUAUGAACUACCAGCUUGCUGAUAAUUGCUGUACCUCCAGAAAUAACAGUAUUUCCCUUAGACUUUUGCUUAGUUGGCAGCUCUGCCUGUUGUCUGUAUUUAUUUCUGCUCUGUAGGCUUAAAGUCUAUACACUUUAGAGCUUAAAUCAACUAAGCAAUAGUGUCCUUGUAAGGAACUAAAAAUUAACUCUUAUUUGCACAUUAUAUUUUUUGUUUUGUUUCUUGCACUGACAUUAGACUUUAUAAUGAUACCCAGUGUAAAUAGUGUACAUAAUCCAAUUCCUGUACAGUUUAUUUAUAUAGAGGAUGGCUUAUAAACAUACCUCAAGGGCAGGCAUAGGAACAAUAAAAGUACUGUAUAAAAUUUCUUAAUAAAUUUCUGUCACUGAUCACUGAAGAUAGUGUGUUUUGCUUACAGUGUUUAUACAUAAUACACCUUGGAGAUCAUUGUUGGAGCAUUAUUCUGGUAGUCUUGUUUCACUCUGCAGAAAAUAAUUGUGUAUACGUGUAUUAUUUUCCCUUUCAAAAUGCAUUUUUGUCAGCAUGGUCAUAUUCUACGUGUGAGAAAUUUAGUUCAUAUGCCACAGCAGUG